GUCUGCUACUUCAGCGCCGGAACCUAUGAGCCUUGGCGAGAAGACAAGGGGUUGUUCCUGCCGGCUGACAAAGGGAAGAAGAUGGAAGAAUGGGAUGAGUAUUGGCUUGACCUCAAGAGCUCCAACGUGAAGAGCAUCAUGGAGGCCAGGAUCAAGAGAGCGGCUGAAGCUGGGUGUCACGCGAUUGAUCCUGACAACAUCGACGGAUACAGCAACGACAGCAAAGGGAAAGCACACCAGGAUGGCUUCAAGUACGACAACCAAGUGUACAUCGACUACGUUAGGUGGCUCUCCGCAACUGCGACUAAGUACAAAAUGGUCACAGGGCUGAAGAACGCGCUGGAGAUAUCCAGCAAAGUGCUCGAUGUGAUUGAAUUUGCUGUCAAUGAACAGUGCCACGAGGUGGGCGAG